CAACGGAAAUUCAACCGGCAGGAGAGGAUUUUACAAAUGGCUGAAACACCGUAAUUACAACCGGUAAGCCAGUCAAAUGGUUUUGACAAGUAUGAUUACAAGUAAUGGAGGAUAGGAUUUAAUCUGAUGGGUGAUUAAAAGGUUAGAGAAUGUAGAUUUGUUUGACGGUAAGAAUAUCAAAAGUGGAGAUGACAGGAUCUAUCUAUCAUGAAAGACAGGUGAAGGAGCUGUGCGCUUUGCACGCGCUUAACAAUUUGUUUCAGGAGAGAGGGUUCAGCAAGCAGGAGCUGGACCAAAUAUGCUAUGGACUGAGUCCAGAUGUGUGGAUCAACCCCCACAAGUCGCUGCUCGGGCUCGGGAACUAUGACAUUAAUGUCAUUAUGGCUGCCUUGCAGAAAAAGGGCUGCGAAGCUAUUUGGUUUGAUAAGCGAAGAGAUUUGAAUAGUCUAAAUUUGGACAAAAUAGACGGAUUCAUUCUUAACGUUCCAACGGAAUAUAAACUAGGAUUUGUACUCUUACCCUUAAAAAAACGUCAUUGGAUAGCUUUGCGUAAGAUAAAAGGUGCCUUUUACAACCUUGACUCUAAGCUCGACUCCCCGGUGUUGAUUGGCAACAACGACGAAUUGAUAGCAUAUCUUAAGGACCAAAUACUGAGUAAAGAAAAGGAAUUACUUCUUGUUGUUUCGCGAGAAAUAGCGAACAAUCAAGAUUGGCUGAUAAAAUUGGAUAACGGUAAUGAUAAUAUUAAUAGAAAAUUUAUUGAAAAUAACGAUGAUGAUAAUAAUAAGUAUUCUCACGACAACGACGAAAAUAACCAUCGGUUUAUAAAUGUGUCUGACAUUACUUUUGACUUGAAUAAUGAUAAUCAAAUAAGUGAAACUAAAAAUUCUGGUGAUUAGAGUAAUUUAAGUGCUCACGGUAUUUGUCAUACAUGUUUUAAAUUACUAUACAAUAAAUAUUUAUUAUUUAUGUGUAAAUAAAUAUUCUUAUAGUUAUA